AUUACAUCAAAAUUACGCAUACGCCACAUUAUACCCAAAUUUUAUAGUUUCUGCCAUGACCAAAUAAGUAAAUAUUUACCCAAAACAUUUAGUAUCUCAUAUAUUUUUGGAAAAACUUUUUAUAUUCCAUAUGGAUGACUUUCUAACUUUAGAGAAAACUAUUGUUCGUGAGUUAUCCUGUCGUCUGUGCCUGUGCAAUGAUGUCGUCAAACUUAAGCCACUGAGCGCCGAAGUGAAACGGAAACUCAAGAAACUUUUUGACAUAGUAAUUCACACAGACGACACCCUCCCAAAAGCUAUUUGCCAUGAUUGUUUACAACAAAUUACACAGUUAUAUCUAUACACGGUAAAAGUUGAAAAAACCCAAAAAUUUUUAGAAUUUCACAAAACAAAAACCAAUGAAGAGAAAUUAGCUAUAUUCGAUCCCAACGUUAAACAGCAUGGACUCGUUACAGCAUUAUCUAAUCAAAAUGUUACCAAUCAGAUAAAAUCACAUGAUUCUAAACCGAAAUCAGGUUCCGCAGAGCAUCAGCAAGGGGAUGUUAAACCUGUUAAAGCCAAACAAUCUAAAAGGAAGUCCCCAGCCGAAAUGAAAUAUUUGGAAUGCAUGCCAUUAGACGAAUUUGCGAUCGCUGAAAAGGUUGAUAGAUCUCUGCUUAAUAGUACAUCAGUUAAUAACACAUUACCAACAAAUGAAAAGUUUAAGUCUGAAAAAGAAUCGAAUAAUCAAGAGGAUGUUGAUAUUUUAGAUACAGUUGUGAUUGUUGAUGGACGACCUGCAAGACAGGGCGCAGCUUUGGACAAACAGAUCAGUCUAUUCUACAAAAUGGAAUGCUGUAUCUGCCAUGAAACUGGCUUUAACUUUCGGUCAUUGAUGAGACAUUACAAAGAAAGGCAUGGUGUCCCUGGCUACGUAACGUGUUGCAACAAAAAGUUUCAUUACUUCUACCCAAAGAAAAUAAUUGAACAUAUGGCUUAUCAUCUUCAGCCAAACAUAUUUAUGUGCAGUAGCUGUCAUCAGAACUUUCAAACGUCACAAGAGCUAAUUGAGCACCAGACUAAUGGUGGUCGGUCUGAAGGCAGGAUUAUGUGUCCGAGAUGUGCCGACAGAUAUCCCACCUACCAUGAGUUGGGCGUCCACCUUAUAUCGCACCGAACUGACAAAAUGCAAUGCGAUUAUUGUGGAAAGCUAUUAAAACAUCAUCAUCGUAAGAAAACAAUUAACCGCAUGGAAGAUAUUAUCUUAUGUUCACAAUGUGUAAGGACACUGAAAACUAUUGAAAAGCAAGAAAAAGAAACAAAAGAGAAGAUUAAACUGAACGGCAACGACGUGCUGACAACACAGAAAUAUCAGAGGUUCCGGCAAGCGAUGGGUCUGUCGGCCGACGAAGACGCGUCAUCUGAUUAAAAUUAUAAGCAAAAAAUUGUAACAUAAGGAAACAUGUGACAAAAACUCUGUAAUAAGCUCGAGUGUAAAAUGAAAUAAAUGUUAUAUUUUAAUAA